AUGGCGACUGCAGGAGAAGAUGAUGUAGUACAACGUAUUCGACGUAUAACAGACGUUGCUCAAGAACCACAUCAAUAUCUUUUACCAAUUUGUGGUUAUGAAAAAUUACCACUUGUUCCACUCGAGAUAGCUAUUGAAGAACUUGUCGAUUUUCUACCAAAUAUCCAAAGUUUUGCUUAUGUAGCUAAGCAAAGAUGUGAAGAACCUGCUGAUGGACUUACACAAGAUGAGUCAGCUGCGAUUAUGCUUUAUUCUAUGGGAUGGGAACCACUUGAUGAAUGUCUUUACUUCGUGUUGAAUAGUACUUUACGAUCACCAGAUCGACGAAAAUUGAAGCCUUGGUUACUCUAUUUGAGACUCUUUCUCAGUGGACUCUUUCGUCUUCCAUCAAUAACUCGAACUAUUUAUCGAGGUGUCAAACUGAAUUUGAGUAAAUCAUAUAUUAUGGGGAAAACAGUUGUAUGGUGGGGAUUUUCAUCAUGUACUACUUCAUUAAAUGUUUUACAAUCAGAACAAUUUUUAGGCAAGACAGGUGUAAGAACCAUGUUCCACAUCGAAUGCGAAUCGGGAAAAGAUAUUCGAAAUCAUUCUUUUUUUCCAACAGAAGAUGAAAUUCUUUUGCUUGCUGCUACUCAAUUUAAGGUUAUUGGUUGUCUUGAUCAAGGUGAUCUUCAUAUAAUUCAACUCAAAGAAACUCCGCCACCUCAUCCACUCUUGCAACCAGUGCCGAUCGUUACUAUCCCAAACAAUCACCCUUCUGAUAUGUCGCCUUCAUCAGCAUCAAACGUAACACAUAAACCAUCACAACCAACAGUUGCUGCAUCAAAAUUAACACCUCCAGUGGAAAAUAUGAUACCAUCAUUAGUAAAACAGUCAGCUUCAGCUUUAUCACCACCUGAAUACCGUAAUCAUGAACUUGAACGAAUCAUUGCCGAUAAGAAAAAUAAUUCAGAGUUGACUUUGAAAUCAAAGAGUUUGAUUGAUCAAGAUAUGGAAAUCGUGGCCUAUUAUGCUCUGCGUAAUAACGAGGCACUCAAAGAAAUUUGUUUAAAUGGAAAUCAUAUUGGAGAUGAAGGGACAUUAACAACAUUAGAUCUUGAACAUAAUGAAAUCGGAGAUAACGGAGCGAAAUAUUUAGCUGAAGCGUUGCAAGAUAACAAGGUAAGUAAGAUUGUCUAUUCUUGUUUCAAAAUUUGUUAUUUCAUGCUAACUCCAGACACUGAAAGUUCUCUAUCUCGGAAACAAUAGAAUUAGGGACAAUGGAGCACAACAUCUAAAUGCACUUAAGUUGAGCAAUAAACAUUUAAAUGUGGAUUAUUAGUAGACUUGUCGAAAUAUUAUUGAAAUAAUGCUAUGAUAUAAAGGAAAAUAAUGGCGAACUGGUCGUAAAAAAAAGUAUUCGAUGCUAAUCCCAUGUGCAUAUCCAAAAAGCUAGAAAGUAGACUCAUGAUAUGAUCUACUCUAUCUCUUCUCAUUUAAAUAUUUUGCGCUUCUUUCAAUAAUUGAAGGCAGAGCAGAAAACUACUGAUGAUGAGUAUUCAUAAAAUUUGCCAGAGAUACGGAAGUUUAAUUACUCGAAAAUAUUCUCUUUUAAUAUUCUUCACAAAAGUACUCUUUUCAACUAAUUCAAUAAAAAUAAGAUUUGAAAUAGUGAUUGAUGAGAAUUGUCAAGAAUGAUAAAGACAUCAGUAAAAAUUUUCAAAAAAUCAUCAUGAUUUUGUAUGACAAUAUGGUCAAAUUUCUGUUAAUCGCUGAAGCCAAGAAUACAUGUAACGGUGACUCAUGAACAAGUAGACGAUAAAAAAUUCAAUAUUUCUAGUCUAAUUUAAUCGAUCAAACUGAUUUUAUUCUCUAUGAUAUAGAAUUUGUCAAAGUUUUUAUUUAUAUGGAAACUGUCAAAUAGAUAUUGUGCAGAACUAGCACUAUUGACCAAAAUUGUCGCACUUCGCGGUAUCAACCAUUCUUAGGACUACACAGAUGAAAUUAUUAGCAUCUAUGCUACUUUCGAAAUGUAGGUCAGUGAGACCAACUCAUUCUCGUUCGUCUGAGUUGAAGAAGAAUUAUGAUCUAUGGCAACUCUUCUCCCUGUGAGUCCUAUAACUAAAGAAGGGAAGAAGUUUAAUGUUUUGACAAGCCGAUCAUAAUGUAGUCCUUUAAUGAGGCUAUUUAUGAAAUAAAGUUCAUUGAGUGUCAUCUAAGCAUUCGAAAUCUGCGAAUAUUUCACAAAAUCAUAGAUUGAUCAAGUCGUAAGUUCCUUCAAUUAAUGAGUUCUGAAACUCAUCGUGAGAAGAGUUAUCAUUAAUCGUAACUCUUCAUCAACUGAAGCCAUCGAGACUAGACAGUACUUAUGCUAGAAAUUUCAACUUUGUAGCUUUAAGAACGGCUGAGAUCAUAGGUCGAGAGAUGCUUUCGAUCAGUAGUAUAUUUCUCUAUUAAGAUCAAUAAUUGUAGUACAAAACAGUACUCAUAAAUUGUUUCCUUGUGAAUAAAAGCUUUAAGGAGUCUUCUAACACAGGGGAAAAAACAGUCCAAUUGACUAACGAGAACGGCAGAUAGUGAGUAUUUUAGUUGCCUAGAUAUUUAUUGGCCAUUCUGUAUUUCAUUUCGAGAGAGAAACAUCACACAUGUUCAAGAAAACGUUGAAACGUAUUACAAAAUGUCAAAGAUGCUGAGAAACCAUCGAGCUACGGGACAUCGGUUUAUGCUAAUAUAAUAUAGCAUAAUUGCUGUUAUUCUGACAUUCGAUAAAAGUCAAUAUUGUUUUUCAGCUCUUAAACUGAAUCUUCUCAAAAAAAAAAUAAGCAUUCAAUCGUUGACAAGUUCCAUUCGAGAAAAUGAAUUGAUUAAAUAUAUUAUAUUAUAGAAUUUAUUUUUUUUAUGAAAUUUCAUAUCAGUAAAGAAUAGAAUAGUUUCUUUUGAAAACAAAAAUAUUAUUUUUACUGUAAAAUGUAAUUGAUGAUGAACUUCCAAUUUUCGAAUGACAGCAUAUUAUUACCUCAAAAACUUGGUUGACAUUAAUCAAAACAGUAUAAAACUUCUUUGAAAUCUUGAGUUACAUUUUAACUUCAACAUACAAAAGUUGCUCUCAAAAUGCGAGUUGGAACAAUUUUAGAUGUUUGUUAAUAGUUUUGUCAAUAAUUUUCUUCUAGCUAUCACAAUUGAACUCGUUUAAUACUAUAAUAUCCCAAGGAGGAAACAACUGACUUUAUGACUUAAAUGAUCUAAAUGAUCUAAAUGAUCUACGUGAUCUAAAUGACUUUAAGUCAUAAAAGUCGGUUGUUUCCCUCUUGGAUUCUGCUCGUGUUAAUUGUGAUUGUGGAGUUUUCGUUAGGCUAAUGAAACACAGAAAUAAUUUUCCAUGGUCUGACUGUUAUCGACAUUCAUAAACACGAAGAUCCUCAAUGCUUAAAAUCGAAAUUGCAACGCAGUCUGGUCCUUUAUUAUACGCGUGAUAUUUUGAAACUCAAAAAAUCGUUGUCAUGACAAUCGAUGAGUGUGAAAAAUAAUCAGACAUUAUUGUUUUUCUGAUUCUAAUUCGCUCAUUCACUCUAAAGGCGUGUCAUCCUCACAGAAUCGUGUAUAUUCAAAGAAACUCUAUGAAAAACGCGUAUAUUCUACAGAAACUGAAUGGUAUGAAUAUAAUUGGCAUAUAAGAAACUAAAUGCAAGUACUGGACAUUGUUCGGUGCUACAUUU